AAAUGGGAAUAAGAUGACAACAAAAGGAAGUACGGUGCAUGAAUAAAUUAUUCGCUUGGCGCGCAACUAACAGAGCAGACCGUGUUGCUAUAUUACUACUCGGCUGGGUGUUGCUGUCGUUCGACUCGAACCAUAUCUACGCCAUACUCGACCUGAAAUGGCUACCGCUGAACUAGUUAUACCUUCCCCGUGUUACCGGGUUAUCGGAGCAACCGGUGGGGGCCUUGAAGCUAGCAAGCACAUGUCUAUGAAAAUGAUCGAGACCAAGAAAGAAGGGCUACAGAAAAUCGUCACAAAUCUUGAGAAGAGACUCGAUCCUUUAAGAAAACAACGAGACGACCUUAAACUUAUGCUCAAUUACGUAAACGACUGGAUCCGUGUACUUCACGAGACGGACAGAGGGCACAGUGGCGUGCCGGUUCUUCGCUCGGCUAGAGACGGCUGCGAUAUGAUGAUCACACCGCAUCUGAACGAGAGUAGUAGUGAGUUCAACCAGGCAGUGUUCAGACUGGAGUCAGCGGAGAUACCCUGCUUUGCGCAUGUGCAACAGCUUCUCAAGCAGCUACGUAAGGAGAUCCGCGUAGUGUUUCAGAAGGAGAGUACAUAUAAUGGAAAGUUUGUAGAGGACGCGAGGGAAAUGAUGGGUAGAAUAAUAGGAAUCAUCUCAGCUAUUCUCGGAUUCUACUACUAGUACUAUGACACUAUAUAUAAGAAAAUAUAUCCAACCAAUGUGUUGGUUGGCGCCAGUCUACAUAAUGCUAAAUACUAAAGCACGAAGCUAUUAAUAAACUAGAAAUAAACAUAUUCAGUAAAUAUCUAGGACUCAAAAUAAAAAAAUAAAUGAAAA